AUGACACGACGACGCACGGACAGAACAGCAUAUCGCUCACGACCUGCCAGCCCCGAUGAAAUCGAUUAUGAAAGCCUCAAUCCUACUCGGUCUGUGCCUAACUUCAACCAGGACCUCGAAUUUAUCAACUGCCCUGCCGAGCGAGUAUUGAGAGAACGAGCUUUGGAAGAGCAGAUUGCGAAGCGAACAACAAGGAGAAGGCACGAUUCGGAUCCACCCAGGAAGAAUUGGGAAUAUGAUCGAGACUGGGAGAGUGAUUCCUUUGAUGAAGGCUAUUUGGCACGUCGGAAUGUUCGAUGGCGAGAUCGAGCCAAGCAGGAUGCCCUCGAUAUUGAUGACUUUCUUGUACUUCCCCCUUCCGAUGACGAGCAGCUACGAUACCGGACGAAAUUCGUGGAGAGCUACGAGAGCAACGAGCUACCGAUUGGCGCGUAUCAGACUGGAACGCACUUCCCUACUAGCGCGGAUUUGAUCUCCCCACGAAACAAUGAGGAAUCGACAUCGAAACAGCCGGUUGCACAAAGCCAGCAGAAUACGGCCCCUGAUCCGGCCAUUCGACAAUAUUGGACAGAAUCUAUCGAUGUACACGAAAUGAAUGCGAUUGAACAGAGCGACAUGUUGCAUUUGAGAACCAUGCUUGGGAUCGAUCGCAUAAAACUUGAGACACUAUCCCGUUUCAAUGUCCGCGGCCACACCGAUAGCUAUGAUCAAAUGGCCAUUAUGUAUCCCAGCUCUCGGAUGAGACCUCCAAUGGGAUUGAAAUUGAUUCGAAGAGUUGGCGAUAAGCUGGAAAAGGAAAAUAUUCCUGAUGAGAUCGAAGGACGCUUCGCCGGAAUUUUUGGGUACCAUAUGAUGACCGGAUCAGACAGAAAAGUGAUAUUAACGACCAAUGAGCGGGAUGCCCUGGCAGUCUAUGAAGCAACAGGUGGCAUGCUGACAUUUGCGCUUCCCCUGGGUGAAAAGCUUGAUAUGGAUGUGAUCCAAUACCUUGAAGAAUUCGAUGUGAUCUAUUUAUGGUUCCCACAGCGCCACACGGAAUUUGCAAAAGAUUUUGCGCAUGUGCUGAACCCAUCCAGAUGUCUUCUUAUCAAGUCUCCGGAUCGGCCGAUCGAGCUGUUGCGAAAUGACCAAAAGAAGGAAAUUAAUCAUAUUAUCCGGGAGCAAGCCUCCAGAAUGAGGGAAACUGGAUUCAGAUCAAUGCUCGAUAUACGAGAUGAGGUCCGAAAUGAGCUUUUAAACAGUAAAUCGAGGACGGCUGGAUUAUGCCAGUGGAAACGUUUCGAUGCUCUCAACCGGUAUUUAAUCGGGUUUCGACCUGCCGAACUGACUGUUUUAACUGGAGGCACCGGCUACGGCAAGACAACCUUUCUUUGUGAAUACGCCUUGGACCUGUUGACACAAGGAAUCCGAACCCUUUUCUGCAGCUUUGAAAUGCCGGAAGAGAAAAUUCUUAAAUGGAUGCUGGUUCAAUAUGCUGGUCCCUCCCACCUCCGGAGCCUGGCCCGGUCGAGGACCUACUAUAAUGGGAUCAAGAUCCCGCUACAUCGCGUGGAGCAUCAUCCAUCGGUUGAAGCCUGGCUGGAUCGUUUUGAGCGGACCAAAGGAGCCAUGACGAUUAUGAAGGCCGAGGAGUUUCGUGACAAGACAAUAAAUCAAAUAGCUGCUGCGAUUAAAAAUGAAAUUGUCAACAGUGGUACGCAACAUGUCGUCAUUGACAAUCUACAAUUUCUUGUUGGACUGGCUACCCUACAUGACGAAAAGAGUACCAGUAUGGAUCGAGCUUCAAUGCAGGAUCGAUUUGUUGGUCUUAUUCGCCGUAUAGCUACAGAUUACGGUGUUCAUGUGACUAUGGUUGUACACCCGAGAAAGACUGAGGGAGAGACUUCUGAAUUUGAUGCGCCCCUUCUUGGCGCAUCUUCGAGAGUGCUUCAAGAAGCCGAUAAUGUUCUCGUGAUCGUCCGUCGCCGAGAUGAGGGCAAAAAAUCGGGCGGGUAUCGCAAAUUCCUACGGAUUGUCAAAAAUCGAUAUGGUGGUCGUAAAGCGGAAGGCGAUAUUCUAGAAAUGCUUUUCCAACCAUCAACCUAUUCUCAUACACUAAUCGAUUUGACUCUGCGU